AUGGAUAAGUUAUACAAAAAUCAUAUUUUUUGGUAGAUAUAUAGCAAUUAAAAACGUUAAUAACUAGUAAAAACAUAAUAUCGAAAUCUAUUUAAACUUACAUAAAACAUAAAUGGAUAUGAUAAAAUAUUAGGAACCUUUCUCCAAAAGGAGAUUUCUAAGCAGUACAAAGAAAAGUUGAGUGAAUAAAAUAUAGAAAAAAUUAGAAAAUUCUUAGCAACAAACAGUAACGUUGAAAAUAUCUUAAAAUAAAUACUUUUAGACUUUCAGACAAGGACUAAUACUCCAUCUAUGAAAACGAUUGAGGCGAUUAGAAAUGCAUAUUUGCAAUCAGGUUUACCUAAAUUUGAGGCUGUUAAAUCCAUUUUGAAAGAAACAAGUCACUCACCCAUUACUAUUAGAGAAUCACUAAAGGAAAAUUUAACUUACAAUAUUCCAAUCCCUCUAGAUAAGAUGAUUCAUAAAUUUUGA